CAAGGGUCUUUUGUCUAUUAGGAUAAUAAUAUUUGUCUAUUGUGAAUCACCGCAAGUGUUGGCGUGCUAGCUGCAAGGAGGUUAAGGGGCUCUCGCAUGGAGCCGAGCUCGGCCAAUUUUUUUGUGCCGAGUGCGUCACGUGUUAAAUUCGCGAAAUGUUGGGGAGACUCGGACGUUGUCGGCGAAAGGUCGUGGAGUUGUCUUGACUUUGUUCUGGCGAAGUCGUUCUGAUCUGGCCCAAUCCUGGCUCACCACAGACGUAUAAUUAUAGAGUAGCAUGGAAAUGAAUCUGCGAACCCCAAUUAAAGUGCUUGUGACUGGAGCCAAUGGAAAGAUCGCUUACAACCUUGUACCACACUUACUUUCAGGCUCAGCGUUUGGACGAGACCAGCCAAUCAUCUUGCACUUGCUGAGCAGAAAUCCAAAUGGGCUUCAGGGAUUGGUCAUGGAAAUUGAGGACUGUAUUUUCCCCUUACAUCAUGGAACGUUGGCCACUCUGAGCGUCGCGGAAGCCUUUACUGACAUCGACGUCGCCAUUUUGUUAGCGUCUGUUGGGCGAGGCGAGGCGAAGAUACGGAGAGAUUUAUUAGCCCUGAAUGUACCAAUAAUUCAUAGUCAUGGUAAAGCAUUGCAACGCUACGCGAAGCCAUCGGCCAAGGUUCUUGUUGUGACAAACCCUUGUAACACGAUGACGCACGUAUGCCGUCUAGCAGCGCCAUCUUUGGUCUCUUCUGGGUUCACAUGCCUUACACAAGUGGACCACAAUCGAGCUCUGUAUCAGAUGAGAAGUCGAGCUCCACUGAAAUCAGGGGCUGUCACUAAAGUCGGUAUUUUGGGAAACCACUCAGACAAUGUAGCCGUAUGUUUAGUGACGCCGAAGGAAGCUGAAUGCAAACAAGACUUAGAACUUAAAAUAUCCGAAGAUGAAGAGUGGAUGAUACAAAAGGCAGUCCAAAGCCGGGGAGGUGAGGUCAUAUCCAAAACGAGGUCCACAAGUGUGGUUUCUGUAACGGCAGCUAUAAUUGAUCAUUUGAGAGCAUGGUUCCUGGGAACCGAAAGGGACAACUGGGUUUCGAUGGGUUUGGUCUCGGACGGUUCCCUUGGGGUACCCAGUGGAUUAAUCUGCAGCUUUCCUGUCAAGCCAUGGAAAUGGAAAGAAGAUGACAUUUGCAAGCGACGUAGGAAUUACUUCCUGUAUGACAAGAGAGAUGCCCGGCGCAAACCAUGGGUGAUGAAGCAGCUAGAGAUGCGACUUUCUAUUCGAUUAAGCGGAAUGGUUAUCAGUUUCAAUCGGAUCAGCGGUCUGGAAUCACCGCUUCGAGCCUCGAAAUUCCAUCUGCGGGAGGGUUUUAAGUCGCUGCUGAGGUUUGGAAAUUGAUCACGGACGUCACCGUCUGCGCCAGUCAUUUAAAA